AUGGCGACCCGUCAAAAAAGGGUCAAAACCCCUCACAAAACCCGUCGGAACGGAUCAAAACCGGUGGAACGUCAUGAAACGGCGUCGAACCCCACCAGAAGCGAUCAAAAACGACCCAAGAUUCCUCAGACCGGCGAGAAAGGAUCCCAAGUGAUCCGAAAACAUCGCCGGAAGCGCUCGAAGGCCCGACCGAAACUCAUCGAAAGCGACCGAAACUCAUCGAAAGCGACCGAAACGGAUCGAAACCGCGAUCGGAAGCGAUCGGAAGGGAUCAAGACGGAUCGAGAACGUGAUCGAAAGCCAUCAAAAAUGACCGAGACUCAUCGAAACCCAUCGAAACCGACCGAAAACGCGACCGAAACCCAUCGAAACCCAUCCAAAAUGUGA